UGAACAUAAGAUAGGCUGAUGAUGAUUAUGAUCACGUCCUCAAUAUUCGAUUCAAUAUUCGAAGACAUUUUCUUGCCUUAUUUGUAUUCGAUUCAUAUUCAAAAUUUUACACAUUCGUGCAUCCCUACUAAAUUGUGGUUUUGUGUGCCGCUUGCGGCUGCUUGCUUUUUUUUGUACACUUUACCUUUUGUUGCUUCAUCAUUUUCUGAACUUCAGUUAUAUAAACCAAGUUAUUGCCAUCUUCUUUCCUUGGUUUUCAUGGUCUUUUGCCUUGAUAUGAACAGUGUUAAUUCAUUUCGGAAGUGAGGGUGCAUGUUGAACUCCACUGCUAAUAAGUUGCUAAUGUUUCAGUUUAUGUUACUUUCUAAAAUUAUUUUUCAAAUUAAGAAAUGUGAAAACCAUUUCAAAUUUUGCAGACUUGGGUCAUCAUUAGGUCUCAAGUAAUAACUAUGUUGAGCAGAUUGAAAAGUCAGUUGGCCAUUCCUUGUCUAAUAUCUGAAAUUUUUCUUGGUAUUUACACAAUGAAGCCAAGUGAUUAUAAUGAUUAUAAUUUAUUUCUCAUUUCCUUUUCAUUUCAUUUCAAUUGCAGUUUCUCCCACAAGACAAAAGUGAUCCUGUCUUAUUUUCUUUGUGCAGAAACAUGGCAUUCCAGCUGUCCAAUGAAAAUUAAGGUUGAGAAGGCUGCAGCAGCUACUCAAGAGAGGCAUUUCAGCUGUUCAGCAACUCUUGAGGAUGUCAACUCACAGCAGGGACAGCCGAGCCGCUCUUCCCUCUGUGACUAUGGGACUGAAAGACUAUCUGAUAGUGAAGUACAUCAUAAGGUCCACACAGGCAAGCAACCGUUUCAAUGCCACCUGUGUCCUCAAAGCUUCCCGUGGAACUGCGAUCUCAAGAAACACUUGCGCUACCACGCAGGCGAGCGACCAUAUCAGUGUCCGUCUUGUCAUAAGACCUUCUCAACAAAAUUUAAUCUUGCAGAACACCAACGUGUCCACACAGGCGAGCGACCAUUUAAGUGUCAUGUGUGCUCACAAAGCUUCCCAUGGAAGAGCAAUCUUAAGGAACACUUGCGCACUCACACUGGUGAACGUCCAUUUCAGUGCUACUUCUGCUCAAAAAGCUUCUCUCAACCAUCCACCCUAUCAUCUCACCGACGCCUCCAUACAGGGGAGCGACCAUACAGCUGCACUGUUUGCUCCAAGUCUUUUAUCCGGAGCAGUAGCUUAAGAGUUCACAUGAAAUCUCACUCAGUGAGGCAGUCCAGCUGUCCAGGAACUCUUGAGGAUGUCAACUCACAGCAGGGACAGCCGAGCCGCUCUUCCCUCUGUGACUAUGAGACUGAAAGACUAUCUGAUAGUGAAGUGCAUCAUAAGGUCCACACAGGCAAGCGACCGUUUCAAUGCCACCUGUGCCCUCAAAGCUUCCUGUGGAAUAGCUAUCUCAAGAGACACUUGCACACCCACACAGGCGAGCGACCGUAUCAGUGUCCGUCGUGUCAUAAGACCUUGUCGACAAAACAUAACCUUGCUGAACAUCAACGUAUCCACACAGGCGAGCGACCAUUUAAGUCUCAUUUUUGCCCACAAAGCUUUCCAUGGAAUAGAAAUCUUAAGGAACACUUGCGCACUCACACUGGUGAACGUCCAUAUCAAUGUUCUUUCUGCUCGCGAAAGUUCUGUCAGCGAUCCGCCCUAUCGUGUCACCUACGCCACCACACUGGGGAGCGACCGUACAGCUGCACUGUCUGCUCCAAGUCUUUCUUGCGGAACACUUACUUAAGAAAGCACAUGAAAUCUCACAUUGUUGAGUAGGUCACCAGCCACGUCAUCUGUUAGUAAUUGCAUCCGUAUUUCAAUUCUUCGUGUGCACGCAGUAUGCUGCAUGUAAUUCAGGCGCCUCUGGAACUGCCACCAUGUGCUCUUAUAUGUUGAAUCGACGCAUGAUAUCAAAUGAUUUACCUGGAAUAUGUAACGAGUUGUUGAGACUUUUCUUUUUUUGAGAAAAUUUCAUUGCCUUACUGUAGUCUUGUUCAAGUAGUAUCGCUUCAUAUUGUCUUAAGUAGUGUGUGCGAUAAAAUAUUCAUGUUAAAUUCUUAAUAUUUCUUUUUUAACUGGGCUAUGUAUGAAUUUUCCAAAUACUAUACUUCUACCAGUGUGAACACUGGUGAGCUCAUUUACCUUGUGGGAGACAACCACGUUUCUACAGUGGUUCAGGUGGUUCAUGAUUUCGGUGCGGCUGUGCCAGGUGCGGCUGCGCCAGGUUGGUGCGGCUGCCCUGGUGGCUCCCUUAGUGCAGCUGUCACGGUCGUCUCCCACAACCUAGGUGCAUGCUGUAUAUUUAAUUUGUUAAUGCACUGAGUUUAGGCAAGAGUUUUGUUCUGAGAUACUACUAGUGUAUUGAUACCUCGUAAUGUUUGGGCUGCCGAUGUGAAUAUUCUGCAACUGUUGUAAGCUGUGAGCAUUGUUUUGCUCCAGCCAUGGCACUAGAAUCUUGAUGGGGCCAAGAAAGAACAGCUGUUUACUAGAGAAUUCGAGGUGGUAAAAAUUAAACCAUAGUCCCUUGCUGUGGCAUGCGUCAAAACAAUGUGUUGGUAUUGGCUCGUAAAACCCUGAAUCCAAGUUAAAUUUUUAAUCACUUGUUUUAGCACUUGCCUAACCUUAUUUCAUAAACUGUACUAUCAUCGCACGCUUCAUAAUGACUUCUUCACCCCACGUUGUUUUCCCACGCCGUGACCAUGAUAACAAAGUAGCACGCAUAACUUGCCGCUCAUCUCUUUACGCUCAAUCAUUUAUACCACGCACAAUCAUUGAAUGGAAUAACCUAGCGUCAUACAUAGCGACUGAAACUAAUUUAUCAUCUCUUCAGGCUUUCUUACGUGAGAAGUUUACUUAGACUGAUAGCACUACCUGCUUUUGUUAUGUACGCAAGAAUACAUUUAGCAUCAGUGUGAGUUGAAUGUAAUAGUGCAUUUGCCACUGUUACUAUGUUUAUGUGUUUUCUAAUCACAAAAUGUCAAAGCUUUUAAAAUUGGGUUAUACAUGAUGUUCCUGCUAUAAUGAUGUAUUAAUUCCAUCUUUUAUAUAUGUUCAACAGUUGUAUUUCUUUUUUUCCGCUUCUUUUUCGAAUGUACCCGCCCCCCUAUGUAAUACCUUCGUAAGAGGGCCCUUAGGGGUAUUUUGAAUAAAUAAAAUAAAAUGUGUGCUUCCCUGUGUUCAGUGGGCCUAGUGGCAUAAUGUAUUUUUUAAUUGUUAAUGCCCCUAAUAGUUAGUCUUUUGAGAUGAAGUGCAACCAGAAUGUUAUACAUAAUGGUGUUUGAGAUAAAGUGUGUUCUUAAGCUGUAAUGUACGUAAACAUGGUUGGGGGUGGCCGUGGAUGAGCCAUAAUUUAUGUUUGUUCAUUCGUGCAUUUGUAUGUGUGCGUGUAUAUACACACAUGCAAAAUAGAAAGUUUUCUGUGGGUGUUUAACUCCCCGAACCUCCCCCUCAUGGCUACACCAAUGAUUCACUCAUACAAGAACAUAUAUUUCAUGCUAGCAUCGUAGCAUUUUCUUUUGUCUUUACAUUUCCUUUCCUGCACAAGAAUUUGGAAAUGAAACGGGGCCACCAAUGUCGGUACACGUAAAUGAAUUUGUAAUUUUGAAAUUAUUUGGUCUCAUGUCUUUGUCUUGACUAUGUAUGUAUUUCUGCUGUCAUUGUGAAUGCAAGAUAAUAAUGUGUGUCAUGCCAUAGAUUGUUGUUCAGAGAGCCUAGAUGGAUAUGGCAACAUGAAUGUGAUAUGUAUUCCAUGGAAUCUUCACUAUGCUGCAUUUUAUUUGUAAAUGAUGUGUGUUUUUUGCAUUUCAUUCUAUCUGCAAAUGCUUGUGCAAAUGUCUUUUUUUACCACGAAAAAACCUGACUUUACUUAUAGAUAUUGUCAUGCUUAGUCAUGGUAAGCUAUCAAGAGCCUUUCUCAAAAAAAAAAAAAAAGGCCGAAAAGAGCUCAUGCUUGCCUUGACUUUGUUAGGAUCCUUGAGGCUAGGGUUCAUAAUGCUCCCUGGUGUAUUAAGCAAUGGCCAAGGCAGUUCAUUUCUUGGGUUGGCUCAUUAAUGCAAUGAUUUUGUUGGCUUUGACAGUAGUAAUACAUGUACUAGUUGUAUUGUACCUUAAUGCUAGUCUGAAUAGUUAUUUAUUGGUGCUCCAGUAGUGUUUAUAUUCAAAAUAUCUUUAUUCAAGUUCAUAGACACCUUUAACUGCAUGCCAUUCAUGGCAGAGUUGUAAGUACUUGAAAAGGAAAAAUCUCCCACGAAUUAAAAUUUAAAAUAUGUAUCCAACACUUAUAUAAAAAAAUAUUCUCACUCCUACUGUCCACCUUCCAGGUAAAAGUCUCAUCUCAUUGCCUCUUUUUUCGAUGUGCUUCAGAAACAUUCAGUUUAUGCAUGUGACAUAGGCUCUGCUGAAAAAUGCGUGGCGAAGCGCAUGCUAGCAUGAAGUUCCGCAAAGGUCAUUAGCUGCUGUAUCCAAAGGACGUUAUAUUUAUCAGCCACCCUUCUAUCGCCAUAACAGAGAUAGAAUAUUCAUAUUUGAUCAACACACUGCAUUAAACUUGUCUGCCCUCCUCUCUUUCCUCCCCCCCCUCCACGCAGUUUGAAUUUUCUUUAGUCCGGUUUUCUUCGAACUUCCUUUGUGUAUAGACGCAUGCGCCUUCAUGAUCUGUUAAGGGGAUACCCAUCUCGUUUUGUUUUGUUUCGGCGAGGGAAAUUGCACCACGUGCCCCUUUUUCUGUAACGUAUUUAUGUGUACUCUUUCAAUAAAACUUCAGUUGCGAGUGUGCGCUUUGUGUCGUCGGUUCCUCCCUUUUGUCCUUGUUCCCAUAGUGCGCCUAUUUGCUUUAAGAUAUGAGGUUAUAUUUAGUUUGAGUUCUACAUUAUUGCGGUUAAUUUUUGGUUUCUUAGCGCUCAAAUCAUUCAUAUUACACUGUACAUAAGUUAUCUUUCUGUACCGAUAUAUGUGUCCCCAGUAGACAAAUAAUGCUACAUCUACUAGGUAGCCGAAUAUCUGUUGUCACCUUUUUUGGAAGCUUAGCCCUUGGGGACUUUCUUGCAUCUCUGAAAGUAAUCAAUUUUCUAUUAUUUCCUUUUGUCACAAUAAGAUGUUGCCUCUUUCUUUUCUUCUGACACCUAUAUUUACAGCAAUUGAAUAUUUAGUCCUCAUAUAUAUUUCUGUCCUUAAUGAAUGCAUUGUUAAUAUCAUAAUUUAGAACUUCUUAGCAUCUGUAGUGCUGACAGUCUUUUGUACUUGGUUUAAAUAAAGCUAAAAAUU